GGCGGCGCGCCCGGAAGUGGCGCGCGGGAUAAAGCGGAAGCGGGGGGCGGGUGCGGCCUCUUUGGCGCAGGCGGCCAGGGAAGAUGACGAAGGGAACGUCAUCCUUUGGGAAGCGCCGCAAUAAGACGCACACCUUGUGCCGUCGCUGUGGAUCCAAGGCGUACCAUCUCCAGAAGUCUACUUGUGGGAAAUGCGGGUACCCUGCCAAACGCAAGAGAAAGUAUAACUGGAGUGCAAAGGCUAAAAGACGCAACACCACUGGUACUGGUCGUAUGAGGCACCUGAAAAAGGUCUACCGUCGAUUCAGGAAUGGAUUCCGUGAAGGAACUACACCGAAGCCCAAGAGAGCCGCUGUUGCAGCAUCUAGCUCAUCUUAAGGACAUGUAUUUGUUAAAAUAAAUGUUUUAAACCAGAACAA